AAGAGGGACAAGGAGGAGCAGAAGGGAAAAAGAGUAGGAGGAGGAGGAUUAGGCCAUUUCCACCCCACCAUAACAAGACAUAAGACAUUUUUUCCCCCUUAUUUCUCGUUUCCCAGGUUAAUGGCGAACACAGUGGAGGAGGAAGGUGAUAUGGAGGUCAAUUCCCCGGCCCAGCAGACAGCAGAAAUGCAGGACGCAGGAACAUCCCCGCAGACCACCAUCACCGUGCCCGACAACACUCCCUGCCAAGUGGACAAAUACAUCGACUUCCUGGCCGUGAACAAACAUGGUCACCUCCUCAUGGGCAGCAGCAGCCUGACGGGGCGGUACUGGGGCGGCUCCAUCUGGUACUACAAUGACCCAGCCCUGGCGCCAGAUGUUGAGAAGUGCCGCGCCGGGUUUGAGACGAGCUCUGGAGUGGCUGAUGGCCUCUUCAUGGACAACGAUAAGCUGAUUGUUGUGGGGGAGGACUGUGGUGCUGUGGAGUUUCUGACGGUGUGUGAGGACGGGGAGCGCUGCGGCAUCAGGAGUCAGUGCCGGAUAGACGAACACCUCGACGCCGUGCACUCUGUCAAGCUCACGGCACUCGGGAAGUCUCUCCUCACUGGCUCGGCUGACAUGAGCAUCCGUGUGUGGGACUGUGAGACCUGCCUAGUGGUGCGCAUGCUGGCCCCGGCACAUGCCCAGAUGGUGACCAGCCUCGCCCCCCACCCCACCAACGAGCAGAUCUUCCUUUCCUGCGGCUUGGACGGCAAUGUACUGCUCUGGGACCUGAGGACUCAAAAGCCAGCCUCAUGCGUGUACCGCGACUACUCUGUGAAACCUGAGUGUGUGGCGUGGCUGGGGGGUGGCGGGGAGAAGCAGUACCUGGUGGGGCUGCAGAGCGGUGAGGUGGCCCUGCGCUGCACUGAUGACCUCAACCAUAACCUCACCUCCCUUCAGACUCUCUCACGACCCCUCUACAGGAUAGCCGUCAACCCUACGAAGUCAACUCAGUUUGCGGUGUGUGGAAAUGACAGCCGAGUGGUUGUCGCGGAUGCUGUGGAGGGCUCUCUCAGGCUGCGGUACGAUGAUGACCGCCACAAAGACUUCGUGCGUGGCUUGGCCUGGCAGGAUGCCGACACUCUCGUCAGCUCUGGCUGGGACACCGCCGUGGUGGUACACAAACUGUAGUGUGUCGCGGGAGGCAUUCCAGUUGGUACACUCAGGCUCAACACUCCAGACUUAAGUGUGACUGUGAGCAUGGGGAACAGUGAGUGAUGCGACUAUGUAGGAGUUACAAAGUGCAAAAUGGGUGUGAAUCAUGAUGUUGAGGGUGUAUAUGUGUGUGUGUGUGUAUGCAUCAAGGAAGGGGGUGAGCAGUGCUGUAGAGAAGAGUAGCAAUGGAGGAUGCAGCUACUGGUUGUAUUGCUAGGUGCAGAAAGCCCCUGCAGGUGACUGAUCGUUAAAUUUUCAGUUGUGAGCAUGUUUGUGUUUGUGUAAGAGUUCAUAAAAAUAUAAAGUGCUGGAAAUGAGAGGUCCUGUGGUGGAUAUUUGUCUUCACUGUUAUAGUCGGUUUCAUUUCAUCUGUCUGCCCAAAAGGAUAUGAUACAUCCACAAGUGUGAAUUUUAACACAUGUGCAUUGCUACUAUGGGUCAGGUGAUGAGGUGAACAUCAACUUGAAAUAUGACUUUUUUUUUUCUUUUUUUUUUCCAAUGACAUAUCUGAAUGGCUGUUUACAAAAUAAUCACACCUUAUACAAAUCCCAAACAUGCUGAUUUACAUCAAUAAUAUACCUUACCAGCACAUGAAUGACAAGCUUGUAGCAAAUAGCAUAGUCAGGUCACACUUGAAUGAGCAUUGGCCUUUUAAAUGCCUGUAAUUUACCUCAUUUUAAAUACAUUAACAUCUGGCUCUGGAAGUGCUAACAAAAGAUAUUUUAAUUAUCUACUACAUGUAAAUAACAUAGGUAAUAUUGAAAAUUGAUAACAUCACUUUCAACACUAUCUUGUGCUAUUUCAGAUAUUACUUAUGUGAUUUACAUGUAAUAAAUAAUUAAAACUCCUUUUAUUCACACUUACAGAAGAAGAUGUCUUUUUAUGUACCUGAAAUGAUAAAUUAGAUAUUUAAAUGACCAUUAUUCAUUUGAGUAUCUGACCAAGCUGUUUGAUACCAGCUUGCCUUUUCUGUGCUUGUUUGAUAAAUUAUUGAUGUAUAUCGGCAUGUUUGGGAUUCAUAUAAUAUUCACGUGAUUAGUAUACACUAACAUUUAAAUAUUAUUGAAAAAUACUGAACAUUUAUCAUAACAGUUGAUUUUCACCCAAUCAUAAACUAGCAAUGUGCAUGCGCCACAUCUAUGCUUGUAAGUGAACAGAUGGAAUGGAACUAACUAUAGUGCACACAGGUCAAGGGAGGGAGUAAAGAGUCUGUGGGAGUGGCGGUGGAAGAUGAUGUUAGGCCGCCACUGCCGCAGCAUGAGCGCGCCACCACACAGGUCAACAGUACAACUCUGUCCAGUGUUAUCAUUUUAUUGGGUUUUUGUAUCUUGCUAGGAAUGAAUCCAUAUUUUCAACAAAACUAUAAAUUACAAAACAUCCAAUAACAUUAUGUUUACUGUUGCAGCAUUGGACAUUUGCAUUCUUAAGUUUGUCAGUGCUCCAGGAGCUGCACCAGCCUUUGGUUACCAUCAGCCACUCAAAAAUAAAACAUUUUCAAUCCAUA